UACUUCCUUGUUGUCAGUUGGCUUCAUUAAAAGGCGCGUAAAUGCUGAGGAAGACUUUCCUGUUGUGUUAAUAUUUGCAGCUUUGUGCUCGUCUCUGCCUUUGUGUAAACCUCACAGCGGCGCAGAGCGACAGUCCGCGGCCAUGGCGUGUAAAAGAGGAGCGCUCAUCGUGCUGGAGGGGGUGGACAAGGCCGGGAAAACCACGCAGUGCAAGAAACUGGUUCAGGCGCUGCAACAAAGCGGUCGGCCCGCUGAGAUGAUGAGAUUCCCCGACAGGACUACAACCAUUGGACAGCUGAUCAGCGCUUACCUGGAGAAGAGAAGUGAGUUGGAGGACCACACGGUGCAUCUGCUGUUCUCUGCGAACCGCUGGGAGCUGGUACCUUUAAUGAAGAAGAAGCUGGACCAAGGAAUCACUCUGGUAGUAGAUAGGUACGCCUUCUCUGGAGCUGCUUUCACCAGUGCAAAGCCGGGGUUCUGUUUGGACUGGUGCAAGAAACCUGAUGUGGGGCUGCCAAAGCCGGACCUUGUCAUGUUUCUACAGCUCAGCUCUGCUGAGGCUGCUCUCAGAGGACAGUUUGGAGAAGAGAGAUAUGAGACUAGCAUUUUCCAAAGAGCAGUUCAGAAGAAAUUUGAACAGCUGAUGAAAGAUCCCACAGUAAACUGGCAGGUAAUUGAUGCUUCUCAGAGCAUUGAGGAUGUGCACAAGGACAUCACCACCCACAGCCUUAAUGCUGUGAACACAGCUCAGAGCCUGCCACUUGGAGAACUAUGGAAGUGAAUGUAAAACCAGCCUGGGUAAAUCUUCAGUUUCAAGACCAAGACAUUGUGUAUGAUGCAAGAUUUAGUUCUUUUUGUAUGUUUUUAUCUGUUGUAAUAACUAAAUUACUUUUUUGCAAAUACACACUUUGUACAGUGUGCCACUUUUUACUUGCCGUAGCUUGAUUGAAAGCAGAAGAGAAAUGCCUUAACUGAGUCAGAUAUAAUCUCACACUGUCUUCAAAUUGAAGAAAUAUACAGCUGUGAAAUAUCAGAUUUAGAUUUUAUUUUUAGUUUUUAAUCCUCUUACAUAUCUAUUGUUCUUUAACCUGUCUAUAUUGUAUUGAUUAAAUAAGCAAUCUUCAAAUAAACUAGUGUAUAUGUUCA